GUCUUCUAUCGUAGUGUGUCGCUAGUGACAGUUGUUUCCUGUAGCGGGAAAUUUUGAUUUUACGUUUCCUUCAAAUUGCACAUUUCUCGUUCAGGACUGAUUAUAUUUUGCUUUUUUCCCCGGAGAAUCGAUAGUUCUGAACGUAGUAUGGAUAGUACUACUUUGUCCCCACAUCGUCUUGUGGACCUGGAUCUAUCUGAUUUUGAUGAACACCAGGUCAAGGGUUGUGAUUCUUCCAAAGAGAAUAGAAAAGUUGAAAUUUUUGACGUCAGUUCUCAUUUGGAAGCUCCUUCCAACUGUGAGUCUGGUUUUUCUGUAUUGGAAAUUACUUGCUCUGUGGAACAAUCUCCUGUCAAAAUAGUUCCCAACGAGAAGCCAAGGAAGAAGAAGUUGAUGACAAAACAGAAUAUACCAAAUAUUUUAGUGGAUGUUAUAUCACCACAAUUUAAAAGUAAUUUCAAAAAGAAUACCAGUACAGAAAAUAAUAGCUUUAUUAAACCUGAUAAAGAUUAUGAACUAAAAGGUGUAAAAUCAUCAUCAAAACCUCAAAAGAAAGGAAAAUACGUUGCAUCUCGAUACAUGCAGUCUGCUCAGAAUUUCAGAACUCGAACACCUACAAAAAAGGAAUCCAAAAGUGGUAAUAAUAUGACUCUGACUGAAGCAAAUUGUGAGUCAUCUGAAGAACUUAGUGUACUAUCAGGAAAUAGUAACACUAAUUGUAACAAUCAGUCUAGAAAGAACAGCAGUGAAGAAUCCACUUACUGUUUCACUAGACUCAAAAGGAACAAAAAAGUGGGGGAAACCGAGUCUAAGCAAACGUCGACUCCAAACAAAGACGAUCUUCCUUUACCAUAUUCAGAUGCAUCCACAAUUAUUCAAGAUGUGUCAACAUGGUCUGAAGGACCUAAACCCAAUUGUCGCAGAGAUAUUUUCAAAACUGCCAAGAACAAGGAAGCUUCACUGCCAUUGGAGGAGCCUGAAGUAAAUAAAGAACAAAAAGCGCCUCUCAACCAGACAGAAGUGGAUAUUUUAUACAACAAUUACAUCCAAACUCUUUAUCUUGAUAAAAUGGUGCAGAAAGCAAUUCAGAAGAGAGAAGCUGAUGCGGCAAAGCAGAUUCAAGAUUUCUGUUACUUGACUCAAUCUGAUAAUGAGAAAGAGUUAGAUUUACAUCUGCAGCUGAGAAAAAUGAAUCACAAUAAGCUGGUUACCCGUUUAGGUGAACUUCAGAGAAGUGCAGUUUCCAAAGUAAAUAACUCAUUAUCUGAUAUGAAAUCAAAACAUCAUAAUUUAGCUGAAGUAUUGGAUACAGUUCCGCAUCAGAUUGCUACUGAAGGAAUUUUUCAUUCAAAUGAUGAAUCUUACAUUGAUGAUUUGACAAAUAAUUUUGUAGAAACAGAACAGCUUUUGGAGAAAAUAAAUGAUGUAACCGAAUCUAAGAUGCCAUCUUUGUCCUUGUACAAUUCCCAUUUGAAACAUUUAGUUGAAACAAUUUCCACAGAGAAAAGUGAAAUUGUGCAGAUCAAUGAGUUAUUAGCUGCCAUUGAAUCUUUAACAAUACAACAAUCUUCUCUGAAGUUCCAGCAUUUAGAAGAGGAAGUAGAAGUGAAAUCUGGACUGAUUUUAGAUAUUUGAAUAAUCUUUGUCAUUAAAUGGAAAAAUUAA